AUGGCGAACUCCAAGGCGGCGGGUCCAGUGAAGGUGGUGUUUAUUGAGUACCACCAUAUUCAGACCGACGUCUCAAAUUUCAAGUCCGUCGUUCAGACCCUCACCGGCAUGAAUUCCACCGCCGGUGGAAACACCAGGAAGAAGCCGCGAGUGGAUGAGAACAUUAUUGAUGUAAGAUCAGCCCGGUUUGAAGAAAGUACUGUAAGUUGUGAGACCGAUACGACGUCGUCUGUGCAGAGCACGUCGUUUGAGGACUUGGAUCCCUUGCUGCUCAAGCUCGAGCUUCCUUCCAUGGAGGAUCUCAACUGGAUUUGGGCUGAUUAA